GUAUAAUGGAUCCCUCCCAAAUGGUGACAGAGGACGCAGGAAAAGCAGGUUUGCCCUUUACAAGCGACCGAAGGCAAAUGGAGUUAAGCCCAGCACUGUUCAUGUGAUUUCCACUCCCCAAGCAUCAAAGGCGAUCAGCUGUAAAGGUCAGCACAGUAUCUCUUACACCUUAUCCAGAAACCAGACUGUUGUAGUGGAGUACACUCACGACAAAGAUACGGACAUGUUUCAGGUUGGGAGGUCAACAGAAAGCCCCAUAGACUUUGUAGUGACAGAUACUAUUUCUGGAAGUCAAAAUAACGAUGAAACACAGAUCACCCAAAGCACCAUCUCCCGUUUUGCAUGCAGGAUUGUUUGUGACAGGAGCCCACCCUAUACAGCAAGGAUUUUUGCAGCUGGAUUUGACUCAUCUAAAAAUAUAUUUCUUGGUGAAAAAGCAGCAAAGUGGAAAAAUCCUGAUGGCCACAUGGAUGGACUGACAACCAAUGGAGUGCUGGUCAUGCAUCCAAAAGGAGGGUUCACAGAGGAGUCCAAGCCUGGAGUCUGGAGGGAGAUCUCGGUCUGUGGGGACGUCUACACUCUCCGGGAAACCAGAUCUGCCCAGCAGAGGGGCAAGCUGGUAGAAAACGAGACCAACGUCCUCCAGGACGGUUCCCUCAUUGACCUGUGUGGGGCCACCCUGCUGUGGAGGACGGCCGACGGACUGUUCCACACGCCCACCCAGAAGCACAUCGAGGCCCUGCGGCAGGAGAUCAACGCCGCGGGGUUUUACGUGGACGCCGGGCCCCCCACCCAUGCCUUCACCCCCUGCGGACACGUCUGCUCCGAGAAGUCGGCCAAGUACUGGUCUCAGAUCCCUCUGCCCCACGGGACUCACGCCUUCCACGCCGCCUGCCCCUUCUGUGCCACGCAGCUGGCCGGGGAGCACAACUGCGUCAAGCUCAUUUUUCAGGGCCCCAUCGACUGA